AUGUUGACCAUCGACGGCUCACGUCCUCAGUCAGUCUUCCCCGAUCGUUUAUAUAUACUGACUGCUCCUAAUGUUUUACGGAUCCAAAGAGAAGAGACUGUGGUAGUGGAAGCCCACAAUGUCGCUUCUGACAUUGUCGUACAAAUUAAUUUAAAGGUUUUUCCUGAACGCCACAUCGUACUUUACCAUACCGAAGCACAUUUGACUUCAGCCAACGACUAUCUAGCUUCUGCUACUGUUAAGAUAGAUGUAGACAAUCUUCCAAAGAUACCCAGCGGGAACCAGUAUGUAUAUUUGGAAGCAAUAUCAACAGAUUUUACGUUGCAAACUGUUAUCCUUGUGUCACUUCAAGCAGGAUACAUCUUUAUCCAGACUGACAAACCACUCUACACACCAACUCAAACUGUGCUUUAUCGGUUGCUUGCUGUGGACAACGAGAUGAAACCAUGCAAACAAAACAUGGUAGUUGAUUAUGUGAAUCCUCAAGAUGUUAUUGUUGAGCGGUUUGAAGUUAAUGUGAAAGAUGCUUCAGGAAUUGUUGCAAAGUCCUUUCCUGUUCCAGAGAUUGUGAAUAUCGGAAUGUGGAAGAUUGUUGCAAGUUACAAAGAUGCCCCCGCCAUAAAUUUCACAACCCAAUUUGAAGUGAAGGAAUAUGUGUUGCCAAGCUUUGACGUUACCUUGGAAUCAAAGAAGCCAUUUUUCCAUGUUGAUGACACAGAAUUGCACAUCACAGUCACUGCAAGAUUCACAUAUGGAAAACCUGUCCAAGGACGAGCCUUUAUCCUGUUUGGAAUAAUGAAAGAUGGUGAAAAGUUGAGCAUUGCAAAGUCACUUCAAUCAGUGCCUGUUAUAGAUGGCAGUGGGGAAGCCUCCCUGAAAAGGGAACAAUUGAUUGAAAACUUCAAAAACAUUGACGAACUGGUUGGGAGAUCAAUUUAUGUUACUGCAAGUGUUAUCACACAUGCUGGCAUUGACAUGGUAGUAGCAGAAAAAACUGGCAUAAAAAUAGUUGUCAGAAAAUAUAUAAUCUCGUUCUCCAAAACCUCCAAGUAUUACAAACCUGGGUUGCCCUUGAACAUGAUGGUCUAUGUAACAACUCCCGAUGGUUCCCCUGCCAGUGGAGUUCCUGUGAAGGUCGACAGUAUGAACGCCUGGGCAAUGACCCGUGUUGAUGGAAUUGCCAUCUUCGCAGUGAAUACUGCAGUCGAUUCACGAGAGCUGCUUUUAAAAGUUUCAACAGAUUCUCCCAAUGUUCCCCCUGAUCAACAGGCAUCUGCAAUGAUGGUUGCAAAGCCUUACAUGACACUACGUGGUUCACGGAACUACCUGAAUAUUGACUUUCAAUACAGAGAACUACGUUUAUGGGACAAUGUAUUGGUUCGCCUGCACUUUGUAAAUGACAACAAAGGUGUCCAGGACCAAAUAAGAUACGUGACCUACAUGUUCAUUAACAAAGGGAAGAUUGUGAAAGUUGGAAGACAGCUGAGAAUGAAAAAUCAAAACGUGGUGGCUAUGCAAUUUCCAAUCAACUCAAAUUUAUUCCCAUCAUUCAGACUGUUAGUUUAUUACUACGUUGUCAUUGGGAGACAUGUGGAACUUGUUGCUGAUUCUGUGUGGAUUGAUGUGGAGGACACAUGCAUCGGAACAUUGAAGCUUUCUGCUGCAAACCCAAACAACUUGAGGAGAACAUUUUAUCCCGGACAAGCGUUAACAUUGAAACUGACAGGAGAUCCUGGAGCAAAGGUUGUAAUCGUUGCUGUGGAUAAAGCAGUAUUUGCACUGAGUAAGAAAAAUAAAAUAACACAAAGUAAGAUCUGGAGUGUGGUGGAGAAAAAUGAUAUUGGCUGCACACCUGGAAGUGGCAGUGAUGUCUUUGGUGUUUUCUCAGAUGCUGGAUUAGCCUUCGUAACAAGCACUGACCUCAAGACUGAAAGAAGAACAGGGGCUGAUAAUGAUGAUGAGUACUAUGAUUAUGAAGACCUAACAUCAAGGACACAAUUCCCAGAAAGCUGGCUAUGGAUGACUAAUACUCUUCCAUCAACCCAGGAUGAAAAUGGCCAUACAACAAUGGAGCUACAUGUUUCCCUUAAAGAUCGUAUCACCACUUGGGAAAUACAAGCUGUUAGUUUGUCUCCAACAAAAGGACUGUGUGUUGCUGAACCAUAUGAAGUCAUUGUAAUGAAAGACUUUUUCAUCGACCUUCAACUUCCAUACUCGACUGUCUUAAACGAACAAGUGGAAAUUAGAGCGGUCGUCAACAAUAAUUUCGAAAAUGGAAUGAAGGUUCGUGUGCAAUUUCCUUACAAUGAGAACUUGUGCAGCCAUGCAAAACUAACAGAACGAUACACUACAACAGUCAACAUUCCUGGGAAAUCAACUGCUGUGGUGCCUUAUGUUAUAAUCCCAUUGACAAUUGGGGAAAUAAUGAUUGAAGUCAAGGCAUCAGUUCACGGUUUAUUUGUGGGUGAUGCAGUGAGAAAGCCCCUCCGAGUGCUGCCAGAGGGACUGGUUAACCAGUUCUUUUAUGAGAUGAGAGAUCAUUUCGCUGAAACUAUGGAAAGUAUUAUUGAUGAAUGGAAACUGACGCAUCUAAUCCAGUUUCCAAGCGGAGAUGGUGAAGAGAAUAUGGAAGUGAUGAGUGCGGCAGUGAUUGGUGUAAUAUAUACCGACAAAUACAAUCAAUGGGAAAAGUUGGAAAUGGACACCAGAGAAAUAGCACUGAAGUACAUCUAUUAUGGUUAUACACACGAAUUGCAGUUUCGCAAGGAUGAUGGUUCUUUUGCCACGCUUACGAAUCGAAAAUCCAGCACCUGGUUGACUGCCUAUGUGGUUAAGGUGUUUACAAUGGCACAUAACCUGGUCUUAAUUGAUAGAGACAUAAUCUGUGGAGCUGUGAAAUGGCUGAUAUUAAAGGAACAGAAACUGGAUGGUCAAUUUACGGAAGAGAGUCCAGUGCUUCAUACAAGUAUAAUUGGAGGAAUGCAGGCAUCAAACGACAAUGUGGCAUUAACUGCAUUUGUGCUGAUUGCAUUAAUUGAAGCUAAACCAGUUUGCUUAUCUGUGGUUCAGGAAUAUAAUCACAGUAUCAAAACAGCGACAGCUUACUUGUUGAGGCACAUAGAUGGCCUUGAGAGAAGCUAUGAUGCAGUCAUUUCAGCCUACGCUCUUUCCCUAAUGGGUAUAAGCAGGCAGCAAGUUGUGAUGAGAUUUGCUUCACCAGACCAAUCACACUGGCCAGUAAGAGGGGAUCCUAACUCUCUGUACACCAUUGAAGCCACGGGAUAUGCCCUUCUAUUUCUCUUGCAGCAGAUGCAGUAUGACCAAGCUGGAAAAUUAGUGAGAUGGCUGUCGAAGCGGAAUGAAUAUGGAGGAGGCUUGAGCUCUACACAGGCGACAAUAAUUGCAUUACAAGCACAGGCCAAAUACGUAACUGUACCUCCCGAGUUCACGUGGAAUGAUUUGACUGUGAAACUGUAUAUUCAGAAGAACCUCAGGGCUGUAUGGAUUAAUAUUGCACCAGGAUUUGUACAGUCAAAAAUGAUUUCAACAUCUUAUUAUGGAAAGGUGCUCGAUGAUAAAAAGGAUUGUAAGAGGUACAAUCUACAAGUAACUGUUGAACACGUUGAGGAAGCUAGGCGACCUGAAGGUGUUCUAAACACAUUACUGAUGAAUAUCUGUACCCGCUACCAUGGUGAUACACCAUCCUCAUUUGUUAUCUUGGAUGUGUCCAUGUUAACUGGAUUUACUCCAGAUAGCAAUGAUCUUGAACAGCUUAAAGAUGGAAUUGAGAAGUUUAUAGCAAGAUAUGAAAUAGAUGGGUUGUCUACUGGAGGAUCAUUGAUCAUUUAUUUAAAUACGGUGCCAAAUCUCGAAGAGAGCUGCUUUGCGUUUAAAGUGCACCAAUUCUACAACAUUGGAUUUAUUCAACCAGCUGCUGUCAAGUUAUAUGAAUAUUAUAAUACAACAAAUACUUGCACUAAAUUCUAUAACGUCCCCGAACCCAGUGAUUUGCUUUGGAAAAUAUGUCAAGAAGAUGAUGAAUGCAGAUGUGCUGAAGGAAGCUGUGUUUCAAUAAAGACAGAUCAAAGAGAACUUAUAAAACGUGACGACUUUUCAUGCGCCCCAGGAACUGAUUAUGUUUACAAAGUGACAUUUAUUGGAAAGGAAAAGAGAGACAGUUACAUAUACUACGCAAUGAAAAUUCUGGCUCUUAUCAAACAAGGAAGCGAUGCAGUUGCUCAAGAUGAUGAGAGGGAACUAAUCACACACGCCAACUGUAAUGAUAAAUUUAACGUGGAACUGAACCAAGAUUAUCUAAUAAUGGGACGCCGCUCAGAUCUGUGGUUUGGUGCGGAGAGUGUGAGAUAUCUGAUUGGAGAAAAUACAUGGAUAGAAAGGUGGCCAAGCAAUGCAGAAUGCCAAGAGGAGAUGUUCAGAGAACUCUGUACAAACCUGAGGGUGUUUGCCGAUGACCUUGGCAUCUUCGGGUGCGAUAGUUAAUUACGUUGCAGCUUAUUUACACACAACAAUUUUCAAUAAAUAAAGCCAAAUAAUCAAAUU